GACAUCAACCACGACCUACGCCCACCCUUACCCUAUCAGUUCAGCACGAUAGCCGGAUUAAUUUUCGCACCAUCUGUCCUCACCUGAUUCAAAAACCAGAGGAGCUGCUGGCAAAAAAACUAAAAGUUCUGUGACAGCACAAUCUGAAGGAAAUGGUACAUUCCCAUUCAGUUCGGAUGAAACUUUACAGGCCCUUUAGUGGAAGGCCAACAAAAUCCAGAACACGGUAGUUUUCAGAACCAUGACGCUUUGGGCGCCUUUACACUAAAGCUUUCUUCUUUUAUAAUAUUGCCAUUCAACGAUCGAAGCUCUCUUCUCACUUUCCAGGUCUCCACUGUGGAAACAAGCUGUACCACUCACAUACAGCAGCUUUCUUCUUUUAUAAUGGUCGCCACUCUUUUUUAAGUGGAGCCACUCACAAAUCUUGAUGCUUGCCAACUUGAUUAAUACUAAAUAAAUCAUCAUGGCAACGUAGAGGGGAUCUCUCUAGGAAAUCAGAUAUACUGUUCCUAUUUCUAGCCAAAUUAAUUUUUACAAUAUUUGUUGUCAUUAGUUGAAGCCCUCUGUGUAUCGGUUUUUCUGCGGUUUGAGACGAUGGAAAUCCUAUGAUCCUGAAGCAUGAUCGUGUUAGGGGCCAGCAACCGUGUGUACCGGGGUCAAAAUACAGAAGCUGUUUCAGAAGUUCCAGUUAAUAUAACAAGGGUAGUUUCAAGUUCCACAUCUUGAAUCUCCAUUCUACAUACCACAUCAAGAAAAACAAGGACUACAUUGGCAGCAACAGCGGUAGCGUUUGUACUAGGAUCCCUAGCUGUUGCCAGUUGCCACUACUACUUCUGUGUGUCCAAUUCCUCUGACAUGAGAACAAAGUUCCACUAAAUUCAUGAACUCUAGGCUGAUAAUACUCAGCUGAAAAGGGAGCAAUGCUUGCCUGUAUAGAUGAGAAUAUCUUUUUCAAGUCUCUUGCGAAGGCCUUGGUGUCGACAUCUUUGUUUGUAGCACCCAUUUCAAUAAGUGCAGAUGCCAUUGAGCCGUAUUCUUCAGCUGCAAUUGAGAGCUCUGGGGAUACCUCACGGGGAAAACCUGCAUAGGCCCUCGCAGAGUUGCUCCCUCAUCUUGUCCCGCGUGGGGUCAUUGCAUUUGGGAACCGGGAGAUGGAUAGUGGGAGGGAUAGUUUUGGGUUUAGGAAAGCGGUUUGUUUUCGCUGAAGCAGUACUGGUGGUUUUGGGUUUAGGAAAGUGGGUUGGCUUUUUUGAAGCAACGGCAUUGUUACUGGGAAUCUUUCUGUCUGGCGUGUGUGGCUUCAUAGGCGGGGGCUGCAAUGUGAAGCUUGUCCGAGUCAGAAGGUAUGGUGACUUUCUUAUGAUGUGCAGCAGAGGAAUUGGAGGUGUUGGUUCUCUCAAGGAACAUGGCUUUCCAUGUUUGGAAGAUGUUGGCGGUGAGGUGCUUUUGUUCUUGCUGGCUUGUUUCGUAAGUGGUCGAAGAUGCUUCCUUACCUGAGGCAAAAUGAUGUUUGUUAAGAGUUCUGCGCAAUACUUGAUGAAUGUUUGUAGUUAACAGAUCCAAGAAAGUAUUCAUGUAUGGUGGACAGUAAGGGAGUCAGCAGUGGUCAGUGGAGAAAGCAAGAAGUAUUUCUGCUGUUUCAGAGGUAACUGAUCUUUCCUGAGGUAUUACGAGUGCCACUUGAGAGUCUGCUGAUCGAUCCUCUUUUGUCAACAAACUCAGUGCACUCACUUCAUUAUUUACAGGCUGAUCUACUAGAUGGCAGGGAUCCAGCUGCACGAGCAUUUGUGAAGGAACCAAUGUCGGGCUACAUUUGCAAAUUUAUAAACUUCAAUAGAUCCUGCAAACAGAAGCCUCAGUUGGAAAACACAACAAACCUGAAUUGUGAGCUUGUGCAGGUUGGGAGAACUCAUGAUCAAACAAACAAAAACACGCUCCAUCCUGGAGAUAUUAAAGAUGAGCCUAGUUA